CGAUUCUUGAUCUUUUUUACAAGUAACCUAACACGACACUAUGAUUAUUCUUCCAAAAUUUGACUGUUUUAUGUCUUCUUUGAGGCGUAUUUCACUUUUGAUCUGUAAUGGGGUUCGAUUAAAAUGGUUUUUUGUUGGAUUAAUCCAUGAAAAAAGUUGAGUUUAUUGCAAAUGAAACGGGAAAUCUUCAUGGGAAAUUGGGGAUUUUGGGAUUUGGGGUUCUUCUUCUGUUGGAUGAGCGGCGGGUACGGAUCAUCGUGAGUGCCACUACCAUUUGGAAGCUUCGUGAAAAAGACCCGUUUCAUCUUAUCUUACUGCUGCUUACUCAAUAUUUUAGUCUCUAUUUCUGGCGCUCUCUUUAGCCAAAUGGACGCGCUACACUCUGCUCGGGUUCUUCUAAUAUCUUCUCUGUAUGAAUCAAGAACCGUGUGAAGUUCAUACAGGAAGAUGAGAGCGCUGUGGAUACGAUAAGUAGGCGAACACAGGCUUCUGUUUAUCGAACCGCGCCGCUCUUGUUUGUCGCUCGUGCGUUUACAAUUUCAAACACAGAUCUCGAGACCCUUUUCCUCUUAGCUACAACAGCUGACAUCUGUUUUGCUUUUGCACCAAUUUUUCCGGCCUUCCCCUCCCAUUCUCUCUUAUUUAUGUAGACCCCAAUCUUCCUCCUCCUCCUCCUCCAUUGAUUUUGAACUCGAUUCAAAGUACUUGGACGAGUUUUUCGUGGCUUUGUUUUAUACUUUCCUCAAAGGCGUGGGGUUUGACUCUAUGAGAAGAAGCUGUAUUAGCCACAAUCUCAGCCGGGUCGGUGACAUAGUGUUGAAUUUUGCUGUUGCUUUACGGUGAUCUCGAGAAUUGUUAAGUGUUUGGCCUUUGAUGUGGAAUAUUGCUCCUGGAACAAGACAUGCUGAGUUCUGACAGAGACACAGAUGUUUUCUUCGACUCAGAAGAUUACUUGCCAUUAGAGGACUCCUUGGUAGCAGAAGAAGUGGAUUCCAACAAGUUGGGAUAUGAAAUAUGGAUGAGUGAGCCACAGAGCAUUAAGAGGAGAAGACAGCGUUUUCUUCAAGAAGUUGGAUUACUUGAAUUUGCGUCUUCAAGAACUUGUGCACAUGAUUUAGUGAUUGAAUCAAGCGAUUCAUCAGGGAGGAUGGAAUUGGAGAGACUAACAGAAUUCAGUGGAGCUGUCUCAAGUUCUGACUAUGCUCCUACCUGUAAUGUGGAGGAGAAUGAUUUAGAACUAUGCUCAAAUGAGAUGCUUCUACCAGUUUCUGUUUCGAACUCCGGUUCUCGACGUUGCCAUGGCGAAGCUGACGUUGAAGGUUGCCGGGAUAUUGAUGUCAGUAAAAGAAAAAUAAAGAAGUGGUGGAGAUCAUUCAAGAACAAGGCGGCGAGCUUAAGAAGGACAGAGUUUUCUGAGGAAUUGAAAACAAUCCCAGCAGAAUCCAAAACUUGCAGAAUGAAGGUGUAUCAAAACAAGAAGAGAUGCUCAGAGUUUAGUGCUUUGUAUAUGAGACAGCAGAUUGUUGCACACAAGGGCUUGAUUUGGACAAUGAAGUUUAGUCCAGAUGGGAAGUAUUUGGCAAGUGGAGGAGAAGACGGAGUCGUUCGUGUAUGGCGUAUAUCGUCUGCAAAUGUCUCUAGUGAGUUCUUAGCAAAUGAUGGCAAUCAUAACAACAAACCAAGAGAAGGGAAGUCUAGCCUCAGCAGCAAACCGUUGAGAUUUGCCACUGUUGUCAUUCCUGAAAAGGUUUUUCAGAUUGAUGAGCAGCCAGUGCAAAAGUUCUAUGGGCAUUCCAGUGAUGUCUUGGACAUAGCUUGGUCCAAUUCAAACUGUCUUCUUUCAUCCUCAAAGGAUAAAACUGUGCGCUUGUGGGGAGUUGGCUCUGAUCAAUGUCUUGGUGUUUUCCACCACAAGAACUAUGUGACUUGUAUCCAAUUCAAUCCAAUGGAUGAAAACUACUUCAUCAGUGGCUCAAUUGAUGGCAAAAUCCGAGUUUGGAGUGUGUUGAAACAGCGGGUGGUUGAUUGGGCUGAUGUCCGAGAUGUCAUUACUGCUUUAGCUUAUCAACCAGAUGGGAAGGGUUUUGCUAUUGGCUCGAUUACCGGCACGUGUCGUUUCUACAAAACAUCAGGUGAUUAUUUUCAUUUGGAUGCACAGAUCAAUGUUCAAGGGCGAAAAAAGGCCUCGGGCAAAAGGAUCACUGGCAUUCAGUUUUGCCGGGAAAACUUUCAAAGAGUGAUGAUAACUUCGGAAGACUCGAAAGUACGCAUAUUCGAAGGAACCGAAAUCGUCAACAAAUAUAAAGGUCUACCGAAGUCGGGGAGUCAGAUGUCUGCUUCUUUUACAAAAAAUAGGAAGCAUAUAAUAUCUGUAGGAGAGGACUCUCGUGUAUAUAUGUGGAACUAUGAUAGUCUUCACCUCCCAUCAAUGAAAGAAACGAAAUCUCAGCAGUCUUGUGAGCAUUUCUUGUCUGAUGGUGCUUCUGUUGCUAUACCAUGGCCUGGUGUUGGAACCGAGCUGAAAUGCUUUGGCAACAACCAACGGCAGUUCUCACAGAGUCAGGAUUGCCAAGGGGCUGCUGCUUCUUGGACAAGAGAUUCAGAGCGUUUUUCCCUUGCUAAUUGGAUCUCUGCUGAUAGUCUGUGCCGUGGAUCCGCAACAUGGCCAGAAGAGAGGCUACCUCUCUGGGAUUUACCAGUUGCAGAUGAUGAACAUGGCAACCUGGAACACCAUAAUAGUCAGAGUGACGCCCACGACCAUGUAGCUCCACCCGACACAUGGGGCCUUGUGAUUGUCGUGGCUGGAUUAGAUGGAACUAUAAAGACAUUCCAUAACUAUGGAUUGCCCAUCAGGCUUUAGGAAUCCAAUUGAAUUCCAGGAGCUUCUAAAAGCUAAAAAAUGGUUGAUUCUUUCUCCUUUUUGUAUCUUCCAGUCAGUGCUAUAGAGAAAAGCUUUCUAUUUAUUUAUUCCUUCUAAAAAUGUAUGUUUUAGAGGUCUGAAAAUUUGUAAAUCUACCCCUUUUUUUUUCUUGUUUAGUUUAUGUGAAUAUUACUGCCAAUAUAAAUGGAAUACACUAGGCAGAUUUUUGGCAUUUGAGUGCUUUUUUCUCAUUGA